AUGGAAGUCAUUCAGGAUGCUGCACACAAUGCUGCCCAAAUAGAUGCGUUUCAGGGUGCUUUGGCAGCGGCCCUACUGGGCGUCGUUUUCCAUCUUUCUAUUCUUCCCAUCGAGUUCGAGGUUAUCAUGGUCCACUUCAUGGCAGCCUCUGUGGCCAUCUUUUUUGGCAUGAUAUAUGUGUUCGGGAUAUUGAAGGCUCUGCUGUUCACCGCAAGCUUCAACACUGCAUUACUAACCACCAUCGCGAUCUAUCGAUUAGUGUUCCACCGGUGCCGAAAAUUCCCUGGGCCAGUUGCUGCUAAAGUGUCAAAGUUUCACGCAGCAUGGAUCGCGGCAAAGAACGUCCAGUACUACAAGGAUCUGGAGAAGAUGCACGAGCAGUAUGGUGACUUUGUGCGCACUGGGCCGCGAGAAAUUAGCAUUCUACGCAGCUCAGCAGUUCCGAUCCUGUAUGGACCCGGUUCGGAGUGCCAGAAGUCAACAUGGUAUGACCAAACUGGGGGUGAUCACCGAAAAGCCUCGAUCCACAUGACACGCGACCACAAUGCCCAUCGUCUUCGCCGUCGUGCUUGGGACCGUGGCUUCUCUAUCAAAGCACUGAACAUAUACGAGCCACGUAUCAAAGCCAAAGCAGACUUAUUCAAGAGCCAGCUAGCCAACAAAGGAGAGGCAUCCAUGGAUGCCUCAGCCUGGUCAAUGUACUUCAGUUUCGAUGUUAUGGGCGAUGUUGGCUUUGGAAAAGACUUCGACAACCUCAAAAAUGGUGUCGAACAUGUUGCCAUCGAAGGCGUACAUAAACACAUGACCAUGCUAGGGAUAAUGAGCCCCGUACCGUGGUUGCUGUAUAUCUUGAGUUCAAUACCCGGAGCGGCGGCAGGUUAUCUUGAUUUCUUCUCCUUUUGUGCAGGCCAAAUCCAGGAAAAACAUGAGAGUUGGGAUAGCGAAAAGUAUCCGCAAGAUGUGGUAUCUUGGUUGCUGAAAGCCAUCAAGGAAAAGGACGCUACGGCGCCCAAAACCGCAGCCGCACUCGAGGAUGAUUCAAGAGUGAUGAUCAUUGCAGGGAGUGAGACGACUGCCACCACUCUUGCAGGAGCUCUCUUCUUCCUCGCCAAGUAUCCCGAGAAGCAGAAAAAGCUUCAACAACUCCUUGACCAGACAAUGCCAAGCGGAUACGACGAGUGGUCAUAUGAAAAAGUAAAAUCGGUUUCCUAUAUCGACGACGUUGUCAGUGAGACACUGCGACUUCGUCCUGCACUAUUGACUGGCGGAGCGCGAGAAACACCGGUAAAGGGCAUUACGAUAGACAACACAUAUAUUCCUGGCAAGACAAACGUGUUCAUACCAAUAUCGCUUAUUCAAAAGGAUGCCAGAUGGUGGCAGCAGGCCGAAGAAUUUAUUCCCGAGCGGUUCGGCGAAAAGAGGGCGGAGAUGGCAACUGACAAGGCACCGUAUAUGCCUUUCUCUCUAGGUGCGUACAGCUGUCCCGGAAAGACCCUGGCCUACAUGAGCUUGCGCAUCUCGCUUUCCAUGAUUACGCAGAAUUUCGACGUGUCGUUUGCACCGGGUGAGACAGGAGAAGCUUUCGAAAAUGAGAUAUUGGAUACGUUUACUGUAACACUGCCGCCCCUUCAAUUACGGUUUACUCCGCGGGAGAAGGCUUGA